CCCCGGUGAGGGCACAUGGCGAAACGUCGAAAAGGUCAUCAAAGGGCACUUCGGACCCUACGUGAUCGUACGGCGAAACAAGAUGAAGGUUUUCGCUGGACCAGGCGACGGAGUUCGGAAGAACAGGUGGAGACGCGUGGUGUUCGAGUGCGAGCAAAGUGGUAAACCGGACACCAAGCCGAGAACGACCAACAAGAAGACAACAUCGAAGAAGGUGCUGUUCGGUAGUGAUUCGAUGUUGAGCAGAGCUGGCGCCGAUGCUGUUAUGUUUGUUCCAGGCCUGUUCGCUCGCUAA